UAAAGGAUGGGUGCAGAGCUCGCGCCGAGUUCUGGUGUUACGUAACGUUAUCAUGUUUUCUGAGAAAUGCGCAACAAUAAAGGCGCCAAUCACAUCGCAAUAUUCAUGACGUUGUUAUAUAACGAGAGCGAAAGGGGCCUUCCUGGCUGGGAAUGAAACAACCGUCGUCUAGCCAGCAUGCGUCACAUUUGCCUCAGCGUGUUGUUGGCACUUUCCGGCUACGCUGCCUUUUUGGUGCGUGAUGCUGGAGCGCGUCAAGUGCGCUCAGUACAAGUUGUAAUCAACCAAGGCGAAGACCAGGACAAGAAGGAACCAGGACAAGAAGGAAGAAGCGAAGAACAAGAGGAAACCAGCGAAGAACAAGAAGAAACCAGCGAAGAACAAGAGGAAACCAGCGAAGAACAAGAGGAAACCAGCGAAGCAACGUCCACAACGCCCGGACAUUCUUGUGGAGGAUCAGGUGGUAAUUCGGACGGACGAUCUAGCGGAGAACCCGAAGCAGACUCAGAUACUUCUUCCGGGGGCACAUCAGGUUCUUCCCAAGGGGGAGGGUCGGGCGGAGGUUCUAGUUCUUCGGAAGAAGGAGGAUCUGGUGGAGAAUCCGGAGAACAAUCGGACAGUUCCUCCCAAGAGAGUGAAUCGAGUGGAAGUUCUAGUGACUCUUCAGAAGGAGGAGAAUCCGAUAGAGGAUCAGAAGGCCAAUUAGAGAUUCCUUCCGAACACAUGUCAGGUUCCUCCCAAGAUGGCGGAUCCGGCAGAGGUUCUGGUGACUCUUCAGAAGAACCAGAAUCUGGCAGACGAUCUUGAGGCCGAUCAGGCAGUUCUUCCGGGGGCACAUCAGGUUCUUCCGAAGGGAAGUGGACCGAGCGGUGGCUUCCGUGGUUCUCCGCUAUGGGGAACGUCCGUCAUCUCUGCGGAGAAGAUAAUAAAGCGGUUCUGAACACUAUAAGUAUGAGCCACGUUAUGAAACAGCGAAGCAGGCAGCGCAAGCAUGCGAGUAUAUAUCUCACCUAUAGGGGACAUUAUAAUAACAUCGCUUAAAACUAGUACUGUGCAUAACUAUACCUUUCACUGAUUUGUAAUCACAUCGCAUCCGAGAAACCAAUGGAAAUCUAUUCUGUAUUUGAACACUCAAGGACUAUAUACUUGGCGGUGCACGCCUUGAUGUAGUAAAUAAAUUAAAAUGCUCGUGCUCCUCGUGUUUCUCUCGCGCAUGCUAUAUGUUGUCGAAGCAGCAUUCGCUUUCAAUUUCCAAGUAUCUGACCCUGAACGCACACAACAUUGCUCGCAUCGCUGCGGUUAUGCAGUCAUGGCCCGACUACAACGCUCAGCCAGCAAACCGUCCACGGCUUCUUCUCAGUCCAAACGCCGCCAAUCAUUGGCGUCUCUACCCUCAGUCACCGACAGAUCAUCCACCAAAAUAGGCGGCGAUUUUAAAAGCGAAAAAAGCGCUUCCACUGUUUGCGUAGAGGAGAUCACCCUUGGCAACGUCUACGGUCACGGCUCUUUCCAGCGCAUGAUCCUCAUGACCAACGUCUUGGCGUCCGCCGUCAUGCAGUGCCACACGCUCGCAUUUACAGUGAUCGCUCGGAGGGUCGACUUCUGGUGCACGAGGCCUCCAACUUUUUCCCAUCUGAACGCAGAUGACUGGAGACGAAUAGGCGUACCACUGGAAGACGACGGCACUUACAGCCACUGUAAAGUCUACGAUGACCCUCUGCGAUCGAACCGGAGUGCGGUUCCGUGCCACUCGUGGGAGUACGCAACGUCCACGGAGACCAUCAUUACCGAAUGGAAUCUGGUCUGCGACAGAGAAUGGCUCUUAUCACUCGCAUCAUCUGUGUACAUGGCUGGAGCAAUGGUUGCUGUUCCCAUCCUUGGCACAGUGGCUGAUUACCUAGGUCGAAGACCGAUCGUAUGUGGCGCUGUCCUAGUCCUGCAAGUGGCCGGCUUUGGAAGCUGUUUUUCUAGAAAUUUUACCGUCUUCGUGGCGCUUCGCUGCGUCAUAUCGGGUUGCGUCAGCACUGUCUUCGUAAGUGGGUUCGUCUUGCUGAUAGAGGUCACGUCCCUGGAACACCGCACUUUUUACGCAACCCUGGCUGUGUCCCUGGGCCUCGUCAUAUCGCAGGUCGUCUUUGUGGCGGUCGAUCUGUACAACAUGGAGUGGUGGACCAUACAGCUCGUGUUUGGGGUCAUAACGACGACGCUGCUCUGUUCGUUUUGCACAGUUGAAGAAUCGCCACGUUGGCUUGCCACGACGUGCAACUACGAUCGCGCCGAACUGGCGAUUACGUGGGCUGCAGGCCGGAACAGGGUGCCUCUUAAAAGAGUGCGUGUAGCGUACAAGAAGCUGACCGCGAUGGUGACGCAAUGCGACCCGUCCGUGAAAGCUUCGACACUUGCACUGGUGACUCAUCCGUCACUUCGCCGACGAAUGGUGAUACUGUUUGUUUGCUGGUUCACUACAGUAUUGUCCUGUUACGGGCUAGAUGUUACGGACAUUAUAAAAAUGGAACAUUGGACGAAAGCUGCACUGACGACCCUAUACAUAGCGUCCACGGUGGUCUGUUACCACGCCAUGAAUUCCGUCGGUCGUAGGAGUGUUUUUGCAGUAAGCAUCGGUGUCCUCGGGGUUUCCUGCGCUGUGUUGUCGGCCAUGCAUGCGACUGAUCAACUAUGGCUGAGCAACGCGUUUCUGGUCGCCGGUAGGACUGCAGCGCACGCUGCGGUUCUUGUUCAGUUCAUCUACACAUCCGAACUCUUCCCUACAAAGGUGAGGAGCACGGGGCUCUGCGUAUCUUACAUGGCCGGACGUCUGGGUGCCGCCAUAGGGGCGCCACUUUUUAGUUCAUCGCUGCACUUGCAGCCUAGCGGUGCCUCUUUCGGAUUGGUGGUGAUCCUUGUUCUCGUAUGCGGACUGUCAACCUUCUGCCUGCCAGAGACGCAUGCCUAUUCUACCUGUAUGACGGCACUGGGAGAAGCUGCUAAGCUGCAGUCGUCACAAAUCACCAUCUCCUUUGGCCAACCAAAAUCUACGGAACAGGAGCCGAUGGUCAUGGAGGGCGAAAGUGGUAAUAGCGAGGAUGAUGAGGCAGCUGAACAGGCUGAGACAGCCGACACGGACGAAGGAAGUCAACCUCUGAGCGAACAGGAACAACCAACAGAGACUUCGGACUCUGAGGGAAACGACGAGAUCGCAACAUCCGCCUCAGAAGAUAGUCCUUCCGAAGAGGGAGCAUCAGACAGUGGAGAAUCAGAUGUGCCAGAUUGUUGCAAGAACGUCGGUUCUGAUACACCACAUGUUCACAUAACUAUGGGUGGAGAUGGUGGAAAUUCUAUAUCUAUUUCCGUGCACAAUCCUGCUUCAGGAUCUUCGCCGAGUGUCGGGAACGAAGAGACAGGUAAUGAUGAAGAGAGCUCUGAGGGUGCUGCAAGCGAGGGAGAAGAAAGCGAUGGUGCGUCGGAGAGGAACGGGACUGACGGUUCUAGUCCCCAAGGUGAAGUGGAAGGUUCUGGUAGUUCAGACGGCGAAAGCGCCUCUCCUGAUGUCGAAGUGGAAAGUGAGGAUUCCGGCAGUCCAGAUGAGGAAGGCACCGCUGAAGCAUCUGAUAGUUCUCCGGCGAAAGAAGGAUCUGACAACGAAUCUUCCAGUGCGGGAGGAACUGGUAGCGCGGAGCCCGGAAGCACACUUGAACGGGAGCACAGCAGUGAACCAUAGUUUCAAUAGAAGAGCGAUGAAUCUAGUUCAAUCGAUAAAGCACUUGGGUGUAUAGUUCGUAUAGUCCUAAGAGAGGAUGCAUUGGGCACUGUUGCUUGCAUGGGGGCGCUGUUGUACGUGACCACCACGGACACCAUGCUAUUUAUUAAUGUCCCCUGCGCUGGGGUUUUAUCGCUUUUAGAAUGUACCACGUACCAAACAGCCCGGUUUUUAUCGCUAUUUAUUAAUUUGUUAUUUUUACUUUGCACGCUGAAUUACUUUAUAGCGUGACAUAUAGGCAAAUAUUGGAAGCAGUACUUUGUGGGAUUUCAGUAUGUGUGGCAGUAUAGUGCAAUGACGCGGUUUUCUGUGGGAUUUCCUUCUCCUCUGGUCACUCAGUACUCACC